AUGAGCAAUCAUGAAGAUUCAUGGGAAAGGCUGGACACAGAGUUUGACCACUGUUUACUGGACAUGAAGCCCUAUGUGCUUAAACACCCAGAUAAGAAAGGGCGUCAGUACUGUGCCAUCUGGAUUAAAAAACUAUGCUCAAAAGGGGGACCCUGGAUCGGCCCUUUACCCAUAACCCAGAACCAGGAACCCUCAAAACACUACCUACUUACAUGUCCAUUUACUUUGAUGAACCAGUGA